CCCGCUGGAGCGUCUCGCCACUGGCCGUGGCCGUUACUGUUGCCUCCGUGAGGCUCUGGCGGCAGCGGCGGCUCCCGGCGCUCGCGGAGGGCAGCGGGCCGACCCUCGCCCGUGGCCGCCUGGAGCAGCCCAGCGCUGGGACCGGGGAGGCAAGACGGCGGCGGCGGAGGCGGCGGGUUGUGCCCGGCCCCCCUCCUCUACGCCUCCAGCCCCCGGGCGACUGCGGACUCCGGGCAGCCCCCGGGCGGCGGCCGAGGCGGCCAAGCUGACGGCCGGGGAUGGCGAGAUAGCGGCGCGGGAGCGGCUCAACUGACUACAUUGCACAGAUGAUGGACAUUUCCUUAUGUUUGAAACGACCAUCCCGGAUGGGGGACAGUAAAAGAAUGAGGAUGACUUCAAAUUUCCAGUGGCUGUUAUUAACAGUUCUUCUUCUAUAUUUAAUGAAUCAAGUAAACAGCCAGAAAAAAAGGACUCCUCGUGAUUUGAAGUGUAUAACUAACAAUUUACAAGUGUGGGACUGUUCUUGGAGAGCACCCUCUGGAGCAGGCCAUGGUGCUGCUUAUGAAGUUUGCUUUGAAAACGGGUCCCAUUCUUGUUAUCGAUUGGAGAAAAAUAUUAAAAUCCCAGCUCUUUUACCUGGUGAUCAUGAAAUAACAAUAAACCCUUUACAUGAUUUUGGAAAUUUUAUAAGUAAAUUCACACUAAAUGAAAAAAACGUUUCCUUAAUUCCAGAUGCUCCAGAGAUCUUGGAUUUGUCUGCUGAUUUCUCAACUUCUGCAUUACACCUAAAGUGGAAUGACAAGGGUUCUGUUUUUCCACAUCACUCAAAUGUCAUCUGGGAAAUCAAAGUUCUACGUAAAAAGAAUAUGGAAAUCGUAAAAUUAGUGACCCACAACACAACUCUGAAUGGCAGAGAUACAGUUCAUCACUGGAGCUGGAUCUCAGACAUGCCCUUGGAGUGCGCCACUCACUAUGUGGGAAUUAGAUGCUACAUUGAUGAUCCUCAGUUCUCUGGUCGUAAAGAGUGGAGCGACUGGAGCCCUCUGAAGAACGUCUCUUGGUCUCCUGAUUCUCAGACUAAGGUUUUUCCUCAAGACAGAGUGCUACUUGUAGGCUCAGAUAUAACAGUAUGUUGUGUGACUCAAGAAAAAGUGUUAUCAGCACAGAUUGGCAGUACAUAUUGUCCCCUUAUCCAUCUUGAUGGGAAAAAUGUUGCAAUCAAGAUCCGUAAUAUUUCUGCUUCCGAAAGUAGUGGAACAAAUGUGGUUUUCUCUGUAGAAGAUAACAUGUUUGGAACAGUUAUUUUUGCAGGAUAUCCACCUGAUAUUCCUCAAAAACUGAACUGUGAGACAUAUGACUUAAAAGAGAUUAUAUGCACUUGGAAUCCAGGAAGACCGACAUUCUUGGUGGGCCCACGCAAUACAAGUUACACUUUAUUUGAAAGUUUUUCAGGAAAAUAUGUUAGAUUUAAAAGAGUUGAGUUGCCCACAAAUGAAAGCUAUCAGUUAUUCUUUCAAAUGCUUCCAAAUCAAGAAAUAUACAAUUUUACGUUGAAUGCUCGAAAUCCUCUGGGUCAAUCAGAAUCAACACUUUUAGUUAACAUAACUGAAAAAGUUCAUCCGCAUAUUCCUACUUCAGUCAAAGUGAAGGAUAUCAGUUCAACAGCUGUUACACUUUCCUGGCAUUUACCAGGCAGCUUUGCAAAGAUUAAACUGUUAUGUCAAAUUGAAAUUAAUAAAACUAACUCAGUACAUGAAUUGCGGAAUGUCACAAUGAGAGGAAUAGAAAAUUCAAGUUAUCUUGCUGCUGUGGAUAAGUUAAAUCCAUAUACCGUAUAUACUUUUCGGAUUCGUUGUUGUGCUGACCCCUUCUGGAAGUGGAGCAAGUGGAGCAAUGAAAAACAAUAUUUAACCACAGAAGCCAUUCCUUCAAAGGGACCAGAUACUUGGAGAGAGUGGAGUUCUGAUGGAAAAAAUUUAAUAAUAUAUUGGAAGCCUUUACCCAUUAAUGAAGCUAAUGGAAAAAUACUUUCCUAUAAUGUGUCAUGUUCAUCAGACGAGGAAACACAAUCCCUUUCUGAAAUUCCUGAUCCUCAACAUAAGGCAGAAAUACAACUUGAUAAAAAUGACUACAUCAUCAGUGUGGUGGCAAAAAAUUCUGUGGGCUCAUCGCCACCUUCUAAAAUAGCUAGUAUGGAAAUUCCAAAUGAUGAUCUCAAGAUAGAGCAGGCUGUUAGAAUGGGAAAUGGGAUUCUUCUCACUUGGAAUUAUGACCCCAACGUGACUUGUGACUAUGUAAUUAAGUGGUGUAACUCAUCUCGGUCUGAACCCUGCCUCAUGGACUGGAAAAAAGUCCCUUCGAACAGCACUGAAACUAUAAUAGAAUCUGAUCAGUUUCGACCAGGUGUAAGAUAUAAUUUUUUUGUGUACGGGUGCAGAAAUCAAGGAUAUCAAUUACUACGUUCUAUAAUUGGAUAUGUAGAAGAAUUGGCUCCAGUUGUUGCACCAAAUUUUACUGUUGAGGAUACGUCUGCAGAUUCGAUAUUAGUGAAAUGGGAAGAAAUUCCUGUGGAAGAGCUUAGAGGCUUUUUAAGAGGGUAUUUAUUUUACUUUGAAAAAGGAGAGAGAGACACAUCUAAGAUGAGGGUUUUGGAAUCAGGUCGUUCUGACAUAAAGGUUAAGAAUAUUACCGACAUAUCCCAGAAGACACUGAGAAUUGCUGAUCUUCAAGGUAAAACAAGUUACCAUCUGGUCUUGCGAGCCUAUACAGAUGGAGGAAUGGGGCCAGAGAAGAGCAUGUUUGUGGUGACGAAGGAAAAUUCUGUGGGAUUGAUUAUUGCCAUUCUCAUCCCAGUGGCAGUGGCUGUCAUCGUCGGAGUGGUAACGAGUAUCCUUUGCUAUCGGAAACGAGAAUGGAUUAAAGAAACCUUCUACCCUGAUAUUCCAAAUCCAGAAAAUUGUAAAGCUUUACAGUUUCAAAAGAGUGUCUGUGAGGGAAACAGUGCUCUUAAAACAUUGGAAAUGAAUCCUUGUACCCCAAAUAAUGUCGAGGUUCUGGAAACUCGAUCAACAGUUCCUAAAAUAGAAGAUACAGAAAUAAUUUCUCCAGUAGCUGAGCGUCCAGAAGAUAGCACUGAUGCGCAACCGGAAAACCAUGUGGUUGUGUCAUAUUGUCCACCGGUCAUUGAGGAAGAGAUAGUGAACCCAGGAGCGGAUGAAGCCGGAGGGGCCUCACAAGUCAUUUACAUUGACAUUCAGUCCAUGUACCAGCCUCAGGCAAAACCAGAGGAAGAACCAGAAAACGACCUUGUAGGGGGGACAGGCUAUAAGCCACAAAUGCACCUCCUCGUUACUUCUACUGUAGAAGAUCUGGCUGCAGAUGAUGAUUUAGACAAAACUGCAGGUUACAGACCUCAGGCAAAUGUAAAUACUUGGAACUUAGUAUCUCCAGACUCACCUAGGUCCACAGACAGCAACAGUGAAAUUGUCUCUUUUGGAAGUCCAUGCUCCAUUAACUCCCGACAAUUUUUGAUUCCUCCUAAAGAUGAAGAUUCUCCUAAAUCUAAUGGAGGAGGCUGGUCCUUCACAAACUUUUUUCAGAACAAACCAAACGAUUAACAGUGUCUCCCUGUCACUUCAGUCUACCAUCUCAAUAAGCUCCUGUUGCCGGGUCAGCACUGGGCACCUUGGAGGGAUCCUGUGAAGUGUUGCUAGUGAGGUGGACUUCACUCAUGCAAGUUACACUGAAAGUGUUAAUGUGCUUUUAAUGUGGUCUCAAAGCCAAAGUACAAUAACUCAGAAAUUCAGUCCACACAACUCACAAUUUGGAGCUAUUUGUGAUUCGAGCCAAAGAAUUCUAACAUUGCUUUACCUUUAGGAAGCAUUUCAAUAACGGAUACUGCCUGGUCCAUACGUGCAAAACAAAUCCCACAGCAACUGUAUUCUGUUCUGUUGUUCAUCAGGUUUUCUCAUGCAUAUACCUUAUGGAAUUGUAAGCAGAUUUGCAGGCAAGGGAGAAAAAUGUCAGAGUAACAGAUGAUGUUUAUUUGCCUGACAUUUGUUCCAUUCUAGAUGAAAAACAAGCACAGAUUUUAAAACUUUUAACAUUAUUCUCUAUCCACCGCAUUUAAGAAAAUUAAUAUAAUUUUUAAUGUAUCAACAGCAACACCUAUUUAGUGUUUUGUUUGAUAAAGUAUGUUGAUUUCUGUGCCUACUGUAUAAUGGUUAUCAAACAGUUUUCUCAGGGGUACAAACUUGGAAAACGAGCAUGACACUGACCAGCUCAAAUCAGAAUCAUGUUUUCUUGCUUUGGAAGAUUUUUCACACUGUUCCAUUAUUUUUUAGCUUUUAUGCUAGCUUCCCUUAUUAGGUUGCCCUAAUAUUUAAAACUAAAUGUCUAGGACUAUAGAUCUUAAGUUUAAAAAAAAAAUUCAUUGUUUUGUUUUUUGGUGACAGUGUCAGCUUUAUAAAUAUAUGAGCAAAUUCAAUAUUCCUCAUAAGCAUGUAAUUCCAGUGACUUACUAUUUGAGACGACUACUAAGCAAUAUCUGGCGGCAUUAGCCGUCUGUAUAGUUCGGAUUGGCCUCAGUCCCUCCUGAGAAGACCAUGCUUUGAGCCCCGGUUGCCCAGGCAGUGACGAUCUCUGACACCUUCUAGCAGGUGUUCCUCCUCAUUGUGCAUCUUAGCAGUUCCUCCCUCUUAAAGGGUCAUCAGUCCAGACUAUCUGAUUCAGUCCUCAGAUUUUUACAUGUAAAACUAAAAAGAUAAUGCGUCUUACAGGGACAGUUACUCAAGGGCUAUUUUAUGUGGAAUGUCAUAAGACGGCUUUGAAUCCGUGGGCAUACCCGUAUUAAAGGUGCAGCAGUUGCUCUGGGCGUCGUCCAGAGUUGUGUCCUCGCAGCAUCCUCUGCCCACCGCUGGUUUUCAUUAAGUGAUGUCUAGAAUGAAUGUGGUUCUUAGAAAAGCAAACUGAAAAUCUAAAAAGUGUAUAUUUUCCCUGCCCUCAGGUUGUCUAUGUAUUUUGAGUUAAGGCCAAAGUACUUGAAAAUUUGGAAGAUCUAAAGAAGUCAAGAUAUGCCUUUUUUUUUUUUUUUAUCAUCUGAGGUUCUGUAAUGUGUUUGCACAUAAUCAGUUAUUUUUUUUCUAGCCCAUAAUGUAUCGUUGUAAAAACCAUGUUGUGGAAAAAAGCCACAAUAAGUGUGACAAGGGAGAAAGUCUGUUUAGGUACUCUGUUUAUGAAUCCUGAUUUUAAUUGCUAGGAUUCAGUUAAAUUCCUGAGCUUCUUGAUAUAUGAACAUGUGGAGUGAAAUACAAUUAAUUAUGUAUACAAAUAGUGUAGUAAAACUACAUAAUAGCUCACAGAAAUUUUCAACAAUGAAAAUUAUAUCAAACCAGAGCCACCUGUAAACAGUUCGCUCUGUCUUCUCAUUUCUCCUGUUGGGCUCCUUCCCUUUGCUUCCACUCCAGACACUCAGACCUGGGCCUGCCUUCUCUCCCUGCAGAAGCUUGUCGUUACCACACCCUUCUUGCCCCCAACUCAUGCCUUUUUCCCCAUCAAAACUCACCAGUCGUGUACCUCCUCUCUUUAGGAUAAGUGUUGGCCAAGGUAGAAGUUUACUGAUCUAAACUCCACUAACCUGAGGUAACGGGAAAAGGCCAGAAGAGAUUGUUUGAUCUCCGCCAUUAAUGCAUAUGCGUUUCAACUGUGACCAUCUGUAUCCAGAGCCCUGUCUAACCUACAUUAUGACUCAUUUGUUUGGCUAAUGGUGAAUAUCACCGGGGCUCUUGAGUCCUAUCACUCCAUCCAAGACUUCACAGCUUUUUCUGCAUGAAAAAGAUUCAGAGUGCAGCUCACCUCUCCCCUGCCUCUGGAGAUCCAUACGCCGGAUCACUGGGUUAAUGAGAAGCAGAGUAUCGCUCUGUUAGUCUGGGCAGGCUCCUUAUAACCUGUGAUAUGCUUAGAAGAGUGUGGUUUAGGUCUGAGGUCAAAACAGUUUUCCUUAUCUUUUCCCGUUGAAUUGAGGAUAGCCAGACCUGCUCUGCAGAUGGGAAGGGAUUACUUCCCAACCCCUGCCCCACCUGGGCACAUGGGGACAGGGCGAGGGGAGGGAGCUGGGGAGAGAGAAAACACCCUCUGUCACAUAUCUCUGGUUGCUUGUGGCACUGGAGACCCUGGUAAACGUGCACUGUUUGUCAGUGCCAGGACCAUGCACACGGGUGACAGGUGGUCUAAUAGGGCCUUUCUCUGUCCAGUCACAUUAGCUCCUCUUUCUGGGGGAGGGCUAACCAAAGGCUGCUUAGAAGGGGAGGCUAGAUGUGUUCCCUCCAGCACUUCCUGACUGGGAGAAUAGUUGGGAAACCCCUCUUUCCUGCCAAAGUUUCCAACUAGAGCCCAAUCAUUGGUUAGAAAAUUCUAAAUGUCUGAAGCAGAAGUAUAUCCCAUUAUGUCUUGAUUAGUGCUGUGUAAAGGAUACAUUUUCACAUCUCCUACAAGCCAGUUAACUUAUCAGCCAGUUUCAGAUCAAGCUUCCCUUGUGAGGAAUGGAGAUUCUGGUGGUCAUUCUGACUGCAUUUCUCUUGUGAGUGGCCAUCUUAAAUAAACAAUAUUUAACAUAAAAGUAUUCUUGGAAGACUUAGCUAGGCUUUUGACAUUAGACAGACCUUGUAAAUUAUGUAUUGCGUGGAUUAGCAUCCAUAUACAAUUGAAGUCUUCAGUGUGCUGAACCUGUAGAAGCCUCGAUUUGACAUUAUGGCCCGAGUAUCUGGAUAGUUGAAUUGGGUGUUUAUGUGCUUAGGUGAUAGAGGUGCUUUGUUCCUGCAGCUUAGACACAGAGGCAGCCAUUCACGGAAAAGUUUCAGCCUCAUUUUCCAUACCAGCAUUGCUUUCAUGGUUCACGGAUCUGAAGGAUUGCAUUUAGAACAUCUACUCCUCUUGCACUCUCGGAAACUGUGGUAAAAGUCACAUUCUUCAACCUUCAUGCAACUUGUAUUCUUGUUGGAAAUUAGUCCUGUAAUUUCUUAAUUGUCUUCAUACCGUCCAAAUUUAAAGAACGUUACAGGCCUUUCUGUAUUUGAAUAAUUAGAUGUAGUUUAGUGGAGACUAGGGAACACUUUCUUCCAAAAGGAAUUUGGAAUCAAUUUUAUGAUAGCUUGAAAUGAAAGUACUCCCUAACCUGUCAAUAUGCAGAAAAUGUUAUGUCAAGUUGUUCUACUGCUCAGGCACAUAACCAGAUAAAACUUAUUUUUUCUAUUUAAUUUUUACUGUUUUCUGUUUUGAACCAUGUUAAAAUUUGUAUAUCUUUUAUAAAAUGCCUUUUUAUCCUUAUUUUGAAAGUAUAAAAUUGGGCAUCUCAGAAGUCAAAUGUAGGAUCAUUAGCUAAUCAGUGGAAGUUCAGUCAAUUUUUUAUUGACUGAGUUCCAUCCCAGAAUGUGCAGAUUCAACAGAGUUUUCCUGAAAGGUGGUAUGUGUCAAGAUCUAGCUUGUGUAGGUCUGAGACCAUUGGCUUGAAGAUUCAAAUCUACUCUAGAAGUGACUCCACAGUUUGAGUGAAAACUUGAGAAAGACUCAUGCAGAAGCAUCACUAGAUAUCUUAUUCCAACCUAAUUUUAAGUGUUCACAGUAUCUUUUUAUUUGAUGGGUACACAACGUGGGACAUGUUUGUACCAACCAAGUGUUUCUAGUACAUCAACAGCACAUUGAUGUGUGAGCUUAACUGACUAGGAUAAGCACUCAUUCUCCUGAUAAACUCUUUCUUCAAAGCAUUAUUUUAAACUGGUAUUUCCUGCUGAAACAACGUUUCAUGGUAGCAUGCCCAUCUUUAUUUUUUAUAUCCAGGAGAAAAUCUUUCACAAAAGAAAAUAAGUUGUGACUAAACUUACUGGAAAUGCAGCUUUUAGACAUGACCUUAGAAUAUCAUUGUUAAUGGCUUGUUUUGAAUUUGGUCUAUUUAUACCUCCAUGGAUUCUGUACCAGGGCUAUUAAUAUUUAAACCUCUUAUUUCAAUAGGGUGGUGAGAUUUUUAUUCCUUUUCAGUUAGUACUUUUGUCUUAACUAUUACAUGAUCAUAUUCAUGCUAA